AUGCUAGAAGGCAAGGCAGUGAUUGGUGAGACUGACAUGCUCCAAACCAUGCAGCAGGAUGCCAUGGAUUUAGCAUCAAAAGCACUGGAUUUCUUUGAUGUCACAGAGGCAGUUGAGAUAGCCGGAUUUAUCAAGAAGGAAUUUGAUAGGACACAUGGACCCGGUUGGCAAUGCAUUGUAGGCACUGAUUUUGGUUCAUUUGUGACUCACAGUUGUGGCUGCUUUAUCUAUUUCUGCAUAGGCAGCUUGGCCAUUUUGCUCUUCAGGGGCUCCAAUGCUCCAGAGCAACAGGAAAAUCAGUUCUCAGCCAUAGAGGCAGCUAAAGCAUAA